AUGAAACUAUCAUCAUAUAAAAUACAUAAUGAUUGCAGAGUAAGUAAAGAUAAUCAAAUCAGUACUAAUAAUAGAAUAUUUAAUAUAAUCGAUUAGGAAAUACGGGUUUAAGAAGUAAAUGUUAUCAAUUUUUUCGAUACAGAAGAAUUUUAUGAAUUUUUUGUGAAAUUGAUUGUUAUUAAUAUGGUGAAGCAGAAAAGCAAUUGUAUAUCAAUGAGAGAAGCUUGCUACAACUACAAAAAAUUUUCUCUUAUCAAAAACCAGAAGAUAUUGGAUUGGUUUUAUGUUUUAUAUGAUUGAAUGUGAAUAGAAUAUGCACUUAAAAAUAGAAAACAUAUUAUAGAGGCAUUAAUAAAAGUCUGUAAAAUUUAUAAUUGGAUUAUGUGGAUGUGGCUUUUGUACAUUAAUUUGAUGCAGACACUUCUACCGAUCAAAUAGUUAGAGGAUUCAAUUAGAUAAUAGAAGAUGGCAAAACAUUUUAUUGGGAUACAGGUAAUUGGAAUGCAGCCUAAAUCUAAGAAGCCAUUAAUUACGCUGAUACUCAUGGACUUAUUAGACCAAUAGCAGAACAAGGAGAAUAUUAUAUGCUGUAGAUGAAAUAGUUUGAAGUAUAUUUAGUAGGUGUAAUUAACAUACUACUAUUUAUAGUCCACUUUGUGGAGGAUUUUUGACAGGGAAAUAUUUGGAAGUAAUACAGGAGGAUAAUAGAUGUGCUAAUGA